GCCAAGCUGUGUGUGUGUGACCUGUUGGUGGCACAGUGUGAUGUGAACUGCUGCUGUGACCCCGACUGCAGCACAGCUGAGUUCAGCCUCUUCACUACAUGUUCAGUCCCUGUUGUCACGGGUGACAGCCACCUGUGCAGUCAGAAAGCUGCUGUAUAUUCACUUGAUGUGGAAGCAAAUCCACCAGAAAGGAUAUUUGAACUAACUGACCAAGUCAAUCCCAGUAUUUUCUGCAUUCAUGCCACAAACUAUGACCAAGCACUCUCCUUCAGUUCCCCUGAAAUGCCUACUGCUGAAAAUUUUGAUCAGUUGCUUGAGCAGUUUGGAAGUGCUGCUUUCAGUGCUGAGCCUGACACCUGGAACGUGGACCCAGAUGCUCAACCUCCUGCUGAUGCAAAUGAAACUUACAGAUAUGAGUUUGGUGCUCCUGUGCAGACAGUGGAUGCAUUUCUAAGACUGCCCAGUCCUGUUGUUACCUCCUGGUGCUCAGAUGUGAAUCCUGCAGGGUUCUUAGUAAACCAGGCUACAAAGUGCACGAGGUCAGUAAGUGUGGAGACAUGUGGCAGCAUCCAAGCAGUGAGCAUGGGCUUCUACAUCAACUCCAGCAUUUUAGCAGUGCCCAAAUCAAGUCAGAUGGUGAAUGUUACUGUCCAGUCUGUAGUUGUCCAGUCUCUGAAUGGAACACAGACUUUACUUAAUGAUAGUGAUGUCCUCAGGCUCCCUAGGAUUUUGGAUGAACUGUGCAUAAAUGUAGUUUUUAGGGUGAGUUAUCAUAUUACAUACAGAGACACUGGAGAAAUCAUAGAAGCAGCUGCUGCUUUUGUCUUGGGGGCAAUUAACAAAGAAGCACUUUCAAUCCAGCAGAGCUUUGAGAUCAGCUUUACCCAGGUGGAUACAACACCAGUCCCUCUCAGUGGUAAUCCUGGCUAUGUUGUUGGACUGCCCAUAAGAGCAGGCUUCAGGCCCCAAGGAUCUGGCAUCAUUCAGAACACCAACAAAUACAAUCAGCUCACCAUUCUGCAGAGCACAUCCAACCAGGACUGUCUGGCAGCACAGGGGGCCAGAACCCCAAUAUUAUUUGGUUAUAACAUGAUAUCAGGCUGCAAGUUACGAAUUACUGCAGCUAUGAAAUGCCAGCCCUUGACUCAGACCCUCCUGGAUGUACUGAAGGGGCAAAGCUUUCCUGAAUAUGUGGCCUCGUUUGGAAAUUCUCAAGCCCAGGAUGUGCUGGACUGGGUACCAAUAACUCACCUCUACACUUCAGAACAGAGCUCAUGCCAAAUACCAGUAUCCCUUGAAAUAGAAGUGAAGUGGACUAAAUAUGGAUCCCUGGUCAAUCCCCAAGCCAGGAUAGUGAACGUCACAGCAACAAUCUCUACCACCCCAUUGAAGCAGCUUCCCUCAGGAAGAGAGAGAAUUAUCCCUGUAACAAGUUCUGUUGUUUUCACUGACAUUUCCUCACCUGCAGAGCCAGGCUACAAAGCCUGGCCCACAAUUAAUGUCAAGUUACCCUUUGAUUUUUUCUUUCCUUUUGUCUAA